AUGUUAUCUAUAGUUAUUAAUGAAGAAGAUAUUAUUUAUAAAGAAGACUUAAAUAUGGAGACAACGCUUGAUUUGGAAGAAGACACUGAAAUAUAUAUUACAAAACAAAUAACCAUUAAAACUGUAUUGCAUUUAUUAACUCCUAUUGAAUAUCUACCAAUAAGCAAAGAUGAAGUUGAUAGAACAUGUCAUGAACUUAAAAUAUGUGAAUUUGCAAGUCCAAAACUUCAGGAAAUAGAACAAGAGUCUGUAGAUUCUGAUUCUGAUUUAUGCCUAAAAGUGAAUGAGGAAUUAUUAAGUAAUAAUAUAGAAAAUAAUACUUUUGCUUGUGAUAGAUGGAAUUUCAAUGAAAAGUUUUACUGGUAUAUAAGUAUUAAAGAAAAUAAUGACCUUAAUUUACUUCAACAACUUUUAAGUGGAUUAUAUGAGGGUAAAACAGACAAAUUAGUAAAUAACUGUUUUAUAGUAUUAAGUAAUAACUCUAAGAAAAAACUUUCUCAUCCUCAUUGUGAGAGAAAUACUAUUAAACGUGGAUCAAUUAUUCAAAAAUCUUGUAAUGUUAAAUUUUCUAAAUUAAUUCCUAUUAAUUUAGAAAAAUGCCCAUUUGUAAUUUUAAUAUCUCAAGGUGUUCAUUCUCAUCCACCACCAUUGCCCAAUCAU